AUGAAAACGCGUUUUAGCACGUUUGAUAUUGUUUGUAGCGUAGCAGAAUUUCAAAAGUACAUAGGUUUAAGGGUUAAUCAAGUUUAUGACAUAGAUCAUAAAACUUAUUUAAUAAGAUUACAAAAAACCGAUGAAAAAGUAGUUAUACUUUUAGAAUCCGGUACUAGAAUUCACACAACGGAUUUUGAAUGGCCUAAAAAUGUUGCACCCUCAGGAUUUUGUAUGAAAUUAAGGAAACAUUUAAGAAAUAAAAGGUUAGAAUCAUUAAAACAAUUAGGUUUUGAUAGAAUUGUACAUUUACAAUUUGGUACAGGAGAUGCUGCCUAUCAUGUCUUCCUAGAAUUAUACGAUAAAGGAAAUAUUGUUUUAACUGACUGUGAUUUAAUUAUAUUAAAUAUAUUGAGACCUCAUACAGAAGGAGAUAAAAUUAGGUUCGCAGUUAGAGAAAAAUAUCCUAUAAAUAGAGCGAGAGAUGUUUGUAAUUUUCCGACAGAAGAACAAAUUAAAAAUAUAUUUGCAUCGGCUAAAUCAAAUGACAAUCUUAAAAAAAUAUUAAAUUUUAAUUUAGAUUAUGGUCCGGCAUUGAUUGAACAUGUUUUAUUAGGAGUUGAUUUAAGAGGUACAGAAAAAAUCGGUCAGGGAUUCGAUUUACAAAAUAAUUUAUCGAAAAUUAUAAAUGCACUGAAAGAAGCUCAAGAUAUUGUAGAAAAUGCAUCAUUAUCAGUUUCAAAGGGUUACAUAAUACAAAAAGUUGAAAAAAGACCUACAGAGUCUGGAAUGAGUGAUUUUCACGUGAACACAGAAUUUCAUCCAUUUUUAUUUCGACAACAUGUCAAAAAUCCAUUUAAUGAAUGUGAAACAUUUUUAAAAGCUGUCGAUAGUUUUUUUUCAUCAUUAGAAAGUCAAAAAAUUGAUAUGAAAGCUAUUAAUCAGGAAAAAGAAGCAUUGAAAAAAAUCGAAAAUGUACGUCGUGAUCACAAUCAAAGGUUACAACAAUUAUUCGAAACACAAGAAUUAGACAGAAUCAAAGCUGAAUUGAUAACGACAAAUUUAACACUUGUCGAUCAAGCUGUUUUAGCCAUUCGUACUGCAAUAGCCAAUCAAAUAUCAUGGCCUGACAUUGAUAUAUUAGUUAAAGAGGGAAAAAAUGCCGGGGAUCCCGUUGCAAGUUCUAUAAAAAAAUUAAAAUUGGAUAUAAAUCACAUAACGUUACAAUUAAGUGAUCCCUACAGAAGUGAUUCAUCAUCAUCAGAGGAGGAGGAGGAAGAAGAAACAAAUGAUGACAAACCAAUUAAAAUAAAAGUACCUAAAAUAAUUGAUGUCGAUAUAGAUUUAGAUUUAACGGCUUUUGCAAAUGCAAGAAAGUAUUACGAUAUGAAAAGAUCAGCUGCGAAAAAACAACAGAAAACAAUCGAAUCCCAAGAUAAAGCAUUAAAAUCCGCCGAGAAAAAAACUAAACAGGCACUAAAAGAAAUGAAAACCAUCGUGAACAUAACAAAAGUUAGGAAAACAUUUUGGUUCGAGAAAUUUUUCUGGUUUAUAAGUUCGGAAAAUUAUUUAGUUAUCGCGGGUAGAGACAUGAUGCAAAAUGAAUUACUAGUGAAAAGAUACAUGAAAUCGGGGGAUUUAUACGUUCAUGCCGACAUUCACGGUGCGAGUAGCGUCAUCAUUAAAAAUCCAAGUAACGAACCCGUACCCCCGAAAACCCUAAACGAAGCUGGAGUAAUGGCGAUCAGUUACAGUCAAGCGUGGGAAGCUAAAGUCGUGACGUCAGCCUGGUGGGUUCACAACACUCAAGUAUCGAAAACUGCACCCACGGGAGAAUAUUUGGGAACGGGUUCGUUCAUGAUAAGAGGAAAAAAAAAUUAUUUACCACCGGCUAAUUUAAUUAUGGGUUUUAGUUUUUUAUUCAAAUUGGAUGAUAAUUCUUUAUCCCGGCACAAAGACGAUCGUAAAGUUCGUAGUUUGGAAGAAGAUGGGAAAAUGACGACGACGACGACGACGACAAUGUCGUCUGGAACCGUUGAAGAUGAAGAAGAAAUCGUUUUGAGCGAUGGAGAAGAUGAUGAUGAUGAUGAUGACGAUGAAGAAGAAAAUGGAAAGAAUAAAAAUCACGAUUUGUCAGCGAUUCCAGAAGAAGAAGAAGAAGGGGGAGAACAAGGGGAAGAAAAUUUUUUUCCAGAUACGGAAAUAAAAAUUUAUUCAUCAUCAUCAUCAUCAUCAAGGGGAAAAGAAAAAGAGAAAAUUUCGAAAGAAGAUGAUGUUGAUAAUGAUAAAAACGAAGAUGAAUUGAUUGUUUAUUUGGGCGAUGAAAAACCAGUCGUAUUAAAAAAGAAAAACGAAAAGAAAAAAACGAAAGAAAAUAGUCAUAACGACAAAAGUAAAAAUAAUAAAAUUAAAGAUGGCGGCGAUGGUCGCGAAAUGGUUAAAAACGAAAAGCAAAAAGAAUCGUCAAAGAAUGGGAAUAACAAAGAAGAUGAAAAAGUAAUAAAAAAGGGUAGGAAAGGAAAAUUGAAAAAGAUAAAAGAAAAAUAUAAAGAUCAAGAUGAGGAGGAUAGGCAGCUCACAUUGGAAAUAUUACAGAACGUUCAAAAGAAAACUCUUAAAAAAGAAAAGGCAAACAAUAAAAAGGCAUCAAUCAAUCAUGGGGAAAAAAACAAUGCGUCGUCGGGGAGAAAGAAAAACGAAGAAGGAAAAAUUUUACAAAAAACCGUUGAAAAUCCCGAUAACGUCGAUGUCGAUUCCGAUGAUGAAUCCCAAGAGCCUCUUGCUAACACGGACGUUGAAAUGUUGACGAGUUUAACGGGAACGCCGCUCGUCGAAGACGAAUUGAUAUUCGCCGUACCCGUCGUCGCACCCUACAACACUCUACAAAAUUACAAAUUCAAAGUUAAAAUGACGCCGGGCACGGGUAAAAGAGGGAAAGCGGCGAGAACGGCCGUUACGAUGUUUUUAAAAGAUAAAAAUUGCACUCAGAGGGAAAAAGAUCUUCUCAAGAGCGUGAAAGAUGAAAAUUUAGCAAGGAAUCUUCCUGGAAAAGUAAAAAUAUCAGCGCCUCAUUUGCAUAAGAAAUAA